UAUACCACCAUCACAGUGAAUGAAGAGGAAGAUCAGAUGAACAAAAAGGAAAAUGAAGCUCCUGAUGUAGCCUAAGGUUUCACUGACCAAGAGCUGACCAAGUCUGAGAACAGGUCAUGUAGCAGGAAGGUUCAGGGGAAACAAGCACAAUGUCUAACAGCAAUGAUGGCUGGGACUCACCAAGCUGCGGGACGAGAGAGGUGCUUCAGGACAAUACAGACACAAGUGGAUUCUCUGAACAUGAACUCCUCGACAUCAUGUAUAACACAUGUAACACCUCCAACACAGGUGAGGUGUUGGCUUCCACCAUUAUUCAGUACCUGCAGACCAUGACGCAUCAGAGUCCAGAGCAGGACAGACUGGCUUCCCUGCGACGUCUGCUGGACCCUGACUGUAAAGACCCUCAUGUGAGCAGAGAGACGUUUCAUGCCACCAUGAGGGACUGGAUCGCACAGUGCAGCCAGGACAGUUCUGAUGCAGAUGGCAGUCAAGUAUCUUUGCCAGACUCUUCCAAAGUUCUUGUAAACGGGAUGGAUUUCUCAGCCUCUGAAACCAAAACUGCUUCCUCAGAAAGCCUUCAGUGCUCCUGUGACGGGAAAGAUUUAUUAGGGACAGUGGCUGAGCUGAAGCACGCUCAUCAUAAGCUGAGCGAGCAGAACAGCAGCCUGUUGAAGACGGUGGCUCAGUGUGAGGACAUUAACCUGCAGCUCACUUUGGAGAUCACUGAGCUGAGAGCAAAGCUGGUCAGUUCUCAGCGAUCAGCAGCUCGAGCCAGAUCCAUGACAGAAGAACUUGAGGAGAGCCGUCGGGCGUUCAAAGAAGCUCAGGAAAGAGCCAGCCGCACCCAAACCAGCUGCACCAAACUGAGCAGUGAGGUUGAAUGCCUGAAGGUUCACAUCCACAGGCUAGAAGAUAAGAAUGAAAAGAUGAUCUUUGAGAGGACGUGUUCUGAAGAAAGCAUCAACAAAUUGAGAAAGAUCAACGCUGAGUUGAGGGCUGAACUGGAGGAAACCCUGGUUACACUGACAGUGAAAGACAGAGAAAUCACAAAGAAAGAGAUCCUCAUGGAUAAGAUGAAAAGCUCUCAUGCUGAGAAUCACAACAUGAUCGAGGGUUUGCAGUCAGAGCUGAACAGGCUGCAGGAACAUUCACACCAAGUUCUUCUGAGGUACGACAGACUCCGAAUUGGGCCACAGAAUCUCUACAGUCAAGAUCCUCCAAACCACCGCUCUCUGCAGAGUGAGAUACAGGAUAUGCAGCAGCAUCACAGAGCUCUGGACGACCUAAGCCUCCCCUCCGUGCACAUGGACGAUAUUCAGCGCAUCAUCCACAGAAUCAAGGCUGCAGAAAUAGUUCAUCUUCUGCACAACAAGUAUCCCGAGAGGGACUCUGCUCCUGUAGAAACACAGGAGAGGCCUUUUCCUCACCGCCUGCAGCAACAGGCAAGCAUCAAGCAGCAGCUUGUCAAUGUUCUGCAGGACUUGGAGCUGCAAAAGUGUGUGUGGGAGGAGAAAGGAGAGAAAGCAGAGGAGCGGCAGAAGAGCUGGGAGCAAAAGGAGCAAAAGCAAAGCUCGAGUCAGGAGGCCAAGAAAGUGGCGGUGGUGAACUGGUGGAAAUCCCGCAGCCUUGGAGGGGCCAAGGUCCAGUCAAAAGAACAGCAGCCAUCCCAGGAGCUCUCUGAAACACAAGCCAAGCUCCAGAGGGCAGAGCAGACCAUCACUGAUAUGAGGGAGCAGGUCCUCUGCCUGCAAACCUCUUUAAGAUCUGCUCAGGAGUGUAUCGCUGAAAAAAACACUAUCAGGGCUCUUUGUAUUGACAAGGCAACCAACACAGAAAAAGAAGAAGCAGAAAGCACUGUGGUGGAGAAGGUGAAGAAGGAACUGAGGGAUGCAGCAGUGGCCACAGAGAUUACAGGUGGAGCAGCCUCAGAGCAGGAGCAGACCCAGCCUCAGGUGAGCGCAGACGCCCUCCUGGCGACCCUCAGGAGGAUGGAGGCAAUGGUGAACAGCGCCCUGGAGACGGCCGAGCUGGUGAGAGCAAGCGAGCAGAGGGUGAGCCAGGUGAGGAUGAGGAUGGAGAGCAUCACUCAGAAGGUGGAGAAGGCUCUGGGCAGAGCAGCCGACACUGACAUGCAGAUGAAUGUUAUGGAGGCCCGGAUCACAGAACAAGCUUCAGCACAGUCUCCAGGCCCCGCUCUGCAGACUGAUCCUGCACCAGUCACAGAAAAUAUUACCAAUGAGUCCCAUGUGGAGCUUGAAGAUGAAGACCGAGCAGAGAUUCCUCCUCCUCCUCCUCCUUCUCCUCCUCCUCCUCCUACACCUCCUCCAUCUCCUCCUCUCCCAGAAGUCUGUGAGCCUCCACAGCUUCCCAUGAAUGGUGGCACAGGACGAGGCAGCUGCAGCAAGGUCCAGGAGGAAAAGGAGGAAGACUUACUUCAGACAGAUCCUCUUGAGCAAAGUGAUCGUUACUUUAAGAAGCCCAGUGAGGACCCCAGUGAUCCGGAGGGACCUUUUAUUUUCCCACACACCCGCUCAAGGCCCCCGCUGCCCCCCAGCAUGCCCACACUGCCCGAGGAAGAGGAGGACUCGCCUGAGGAGCUGGACAGUUCCUCCAGCUCUCCCAGUACAUCCACACCAGGUGAAAGCCGAGCUGUCGUCAUGACUGCCCCCACUAUUGUCUACCCGCAGCAGGCCCCAGUAAUCCAGCAAGAUGGGUGUCCACUGGAUCAGGCCAGGCCGCACAGUCCCAGAGCUCGGCUGGCGAGGAAAUCCUCUGCAGGACCCAUCACCACAGUUGACAGCACAGGUAAUGUGAUCGACCUGGUCAAAGAUCCUCUUCCUGAGCUGCAGCUCUCUGAGGAGGACCGACUGAAGAACUUGGAGCUGCUCGAACAGGCAAAGAAGGUCAGCGACCGCUUCCUGACACGACGAGGCCGCCGCUCCACCGGCAGCCUCUCAGAGUCCCCCACAGCUCUUUCUCCAAGUCCAACCCCGUCAUCCUCACCAUGUCAAUCCAGAAGCAGCUCACUGACUUCGGCCCCUCAAACUGAGACAACUCAUAUCAACGCACAGACGGUCGGGCAGCUCCUCGGGCGAGAGCAACAUGACUCAACAUCCCAGGACAAGGAGCCUCAGGGAAACAGACUGUUGGUGGACUGGAAGCCAGCUGAGAAGAGGAAAGUGUCCUCUGGGACUCUGACACCCCGUUUUGCAGUUCAGAAGGAGAACUGUGAUCCCUCUCUACCAAAGAGUCCUCCAGCACUCAGUAAAGAAGAAGGAGCAGGAGCCGGAAGGAACCUAAACCAGGCCCCUGCCACAGGGGUGGCCAAGCCCGUUCCCCGUCCCCCUACUCAGCUGGCUCCCUGUACGGCAGAGAUCAAGACAAUUGGGGCCUUCCCUCCUCUGAUGAGGGCUGUCUCCUGGGAUUCUGUUGGCAGCCUGAAUUCUAGAAAUGGAGCCCCGAGUUUCCCUCCGACACUGGAGGAAACCCUCUCAGAAACACCCAGGGACGCUGUGUUUAAGACAUCAGGGUACAAGGAUCUCCCCGGUCAGCCUGGGAGCAUACAUAAACUGUCCAAACUCAAAGAGGAACACAAGCUGAUGCGUAACCAAAGCAUAGUGGGAUCCAAGUUAGCAGACCUGAGUGAAGCUGGUGAACAGGAAAAAGGUGCUCCAUCCUCGUCAAACUUAGAGGAAGCAAAGGAGAAGUCUGACGCGAUGCCAAACAUUUCUGAUGUGAUGCUGAGAAAACUCAAACUUCACCGAGGUCUCCCGGGAUGUGCACCCCCACUCACUGAAAAAGAAGUCGAGAAUGCGUUUGUGCAGCUGUCUCUGGCAUUCCGUAAUGACAACUACACCCUGGAGAUGCGGCUCAAACAGGCAGAGAGGGAGAGGAACCUGACGGAGGAAGACACUGAGAAAGAGCUAGAGGAGUUCAAACGAGCGCUGAAGAUGACUGCACCACAGUGGCAGAACCUGGAGCAGCGAGAGUCCUACCAGCGCCUCAUAGAGACUCUGUCAGUGAUGCACCGGCUGGCCACACGGCUCUCCAGUAGAGCGGAGAUAGUGGGAGCAGUUCGACAGGAGAAACGUAUGAACAAGGCAACUGAGGUCAUGAUGCAGUAUGUAGAAAACCUGAAGAGGACGUAUGAGAAGGACCAUGCAGAGCUGACAGAGUUCAAGAAGCUGGCCAACCAGAACUCAAACCGCUGUUAUGGAGGGUCUGUAGACGCAGGAGAUGACGGCGUUCCACGGCCUUCGAGAUCAAUGUCACUCACCCUUGGAAAGGCUCUGCCCAGGCGUAGGGUGAGCGUAGCGGUGGUGCCCAAGUUUAACCUCCUGAACAUCCCAGGUCAGACCCCAGCCACAGCCGGCCCAGGCCCCAACAUGGGACCAAACGCAGGCCCCAACACGGGACUAAACACGGGACCAAACACAGGACCAAACAUGGGGCCAAACACAGGACCAAACAUGGGGCCAAACACAGGACCCACAGCUGGUGCUGCUCUUCCUGUCCUGUGUGAAGGGACUGAUGUGAAAGCUAACACUCCUACAGAGACGCCACCACAAGCUACAGAAAGUGGAAAGAGUGCGUCGCAGCAGGAAAGUGAGCCGGCCAAACCUGUGGUCAACGUUGAGGAGAUGAGAGCCGAGAUCAGAGCUGAGCUGAAGGCGAAGAUCGAGGAGGAGGCUUAUAACAAAGGCUACCAAGAGGGCCUGAAGCAGAGUAAAGUGCUGCAGGAGGAGAAAUGUGAGGAGGAAAACGCUGCAGAGAAGUUGCUGGAUAUGAAAAAUAAAGAUGAAGAGAGUGGACAUAAGAUAAAGACGAGCAGGAGGAUGGAAGAGUUCCUCGUCCACCUCGGUCGGGUUUGUCCCAAAGUUCCUGUGAGUCGGCGAAUCCUCUGGGUCGCACUAACGCUGUUUGUGGUGAUGUGUCUAGUUAUCAGUAUAUUCACCUUCUUCAGUGAAAAAUACAACAGAAGAGAGGACACGUAAGCAGAGGAGGAGUGCGUGUAAGAAAAGAAGAAGACGUUUGGACUGAAGUGUAUAACCAAAGAACCCCAGAAGGCAAUAACAGAGACCAUGGAGGACCUCUGUCUCUAUCAGUUUACCGUAUCUCCACACUCGGGCUCACUUGAAUCUGUGACCUCCACUCUUGAGGGUCAAAGACAUUUUUGGAGGUUUUAUGAACAUGUUGCCUUUAUCAUGGUUCACAGCAUUAAGUUAUAACCUUGUUUGGAUUGGAAGAUUAGCAAGUUGUUAGCUAGAGCGCUGAAAAAAACAUUUUCUUUUGUUUGUUUAGGGACCAACACUUUUAAUUUAGUAACACAACAAAAGAAGUGUAAUCUAAUUACACUCUAAUGUUAAUGUAUAAUCUCUCAGGUCAAAUAGUCAUGAAAUCAAUGAGAGAUUUUGAAGUCAUAUUUAAAGAUAUAGAAAAUAAAAUGAACGUUUAGGUUCUAAAAUGUGUAUUUAACUACUUUGAAAUAUAAGCACAUUCCAAAGUAGUUCUGUAAGUGCAAUAGUUUGCAGUUUGGUUCUGGUUUGUGUCUUCAGCGCACUGAGAGAGUUUCGUAAUGUAUAAGAGCACUUUUUAGAUGAACUAUUUUUAUCUUCUUAGCACAUGUGUGCCUUCUUGUGUUGAUGGUUCUCUGUAGAUUUUAUGUUUUGCCACUUCACCUUUGAAUAAAGGUGCCUGAAAACA